AUGUCGGAGUCUCUAUCGUCGUCUCCGGAAUUUCCGUCAUCCGAAUCUCGAAAUCUUUGCGUAUUUUUCGAUCCGAGAAAGUGCCUGGUAUGUUACAGACCGGCGUAUUGCAACAAUUAUGGGGCCCUCACUUGCGAUGCUUGCAAAAUGUUCUUCCGUCGUGUCGUCACCGAACACCUUAACUAUAAUUGCAAGCAUAAGAACUGCUGUUUUCUUGGCUACUCCGAAGUGUCUGACUCGAUACCAAAGUGUAAGUCGUGCCGAUAUCAGAGGUGUCUGGACCUUGGGAUGAAUUACGCAAUUCGAGAGAAGAAGCGAUUGAUGCAAUUACAGAAUCGCAGAGAUGCAGAAGUGGCGGCUAUCAUCAGCGGAUUACUGUGCCAGGAUUCACACCGCACGCAGAUUUUAACAUCUUGCUUCACGAUAAUGAAUCCGUCACUGGAGGAAAUGGUUGAGAAGGUCAAUGUGAAGAUUCAUGUGAAGGUCCCAAAAGAAUCCCUCCGCCCUCAGGACUGGUCGUUCUUCGCACUCUACACCACCGUCGAUUUCUUAUUGAAUUUAGAAUUCAUGAAGGAGUUACAGACUUCGGAGAAGCUGAUUCUUCUCCGCCACUCCGCGUCAAAGUGCUCUUUGUUUGGUGGUGCCAUGCGAACGUACCGGGAGAAAAAGGAUCGCAUGACUACGGUCGAUGGACAGGAUAUCUACCCAGAUGAGAUGAGGAAACUGUUGGGAUAUGAGAAGGGGACCGAUGAGUUUUUGAAUCGAAUCAGAAGUUUUGUAGUCAGUAAGAUAGUGGAGAUGAGUGUGACUGCAGAAGAGUGCGUGCUGAUUGGUGCUAUAAUGUUCUGUAAUCCGGCACUAUUCUACGAGCCUGACAAUUCUCGUGCCCGUAGUAUUGUCGCCGCCCAGCAACAAAAAUAUUCCGACACCCUGUUCCAAUACUGUAUUCAUACUUACCAACAAAAUGGCCCAACCCGCUUCACGGAUCUCUUAUCGCUCUGUCCAAUUAUCCAAAGAAAUUUUGAAGAUCUGCAGUACCUCACAAUGGUCUUCCGACUUGCAAUGAAGGGAACGUCUAUGCAAUUCAGGAAAAUUGUGGAGGAGCUAAUCUAG